AUGCAUUGCUUCAGUUUCAGAACAGGUCUUCUCCUCGUCCUUUUUCUCUUCGCUGCGCCCUUGAAUGCCUCUGAAGAUGGAAGACAGGUCUAUAUCGUGUACCUGGGGCACCUUCCUAGUGCGGAUCCGUCAGAACCUGAAGGUUUCUCUGCUGCUUUAGAAGCUUCUCAUCACGACCUGCUCGACCAGGUCCUCGACGACGACAGCGCUGCCUCCGACAGGAUCCUCCAUAGUUACAGGAGAAGCCUGAAUGGCUUUGCAGCAAGGCUUACUCAACAAGAGGCACAUAAACUCUCUAGCAUGGAGGGCAUCGUGUCAAUCUUCCCGAGCAGGACACGCGAGCUUCUGACCACAAGAUCAUGGGAUUUCCUGGGCUUCCCUCAAACGCCGAUGGAGGAACUGCCGUUGGAAGGCGACGUCAUCGUCGGCAUGCUAGACUCCGGCGUGUGGCCGGACUCCCCGUCCUUCUCCGACGAGGGCUUCGGCCCGCCGCCGACAAGGUGGAAGGGCGCCUGCGACAACUUCACCUGCAACAAUAAGAUCAUCGGCGCCCGUGCCUACCGCGACGGCGCCGCCGUCGGCCUGUCACCGCUGGACGACCACGGCCACGGGAGCCACACGGCGUCCACCGUGGCCGGGCGGGCCGUCGGCGGCGUCAGCCUCGACGGGCUGGCCGCCGGCACCGCCCGCGGCGCCGUGCCGGGCGCCAGGCUGGCAGUCUACAGGGUGUGCUGGCUGCACGGGUACUGCGGCGACGCCGACAUCCUGGCGGCGUUCGACGACGCCAUCGCCGACGGCGUGGACGUCAUCUCCAUGUCCAUCGGGAGCAAGUCCCCGUCGCCGUACUUCGAGGACGCGGCCGCCAUCGGGUCAUUCCACGCCAUGAGGCGAGGGGUGAUCACCUCCGCUGGGGCCGGGAACGCCGGCGUGGACGGCGGGAACGUCUGCAACGUCUCGCCGUGGAUGCUCUCCGUCGCGGCGAGCAGCACCGACCGCCGGCUCGUGGACAAGAUCGUGCUCGGGAACGGCAAGACCAUAGUGGGAGCCUCCAUAAACACUUUUCCACCAGUACACAAUGCGACCCUUGCAUUCCCUGUCAACGGGUCGUGUGAUCCAGAUGACCUUGAUGGAGGUUCCUACAAAGGGAAGAUCGUCCUCUGCCCGGCCCAGAGAAGCUAUGGCAUAGGUCCAUACUUGGCCGGCGCGGCAGGAGCCGUCCUAGUCAGCGACCAGCCCGACGUCGCCUUCCCGUUGCCUCUCCCUGGACUCAUGGUACCUCAGGACAAGUUCGAUGAAAUCCUGGCCUAUGUCAAUAGCACUAGUAAUCCUGUGGGUACCAUAGGCAGCACCGAGACGGCAACUGAUCCGCAGGCUCCAAAACCCGCUUCGUUCUCUUCUCCAGGUCCAAACUUGAUCACCCCUGGGAUCUUGAAGCCUGAUCUAUCUGCGCCGGGGAUUGAGAUCAUAGCAUCGUGGUCGCCGCUGUCCCAGCCGACUUAUAAUCCUAAGGAUGACAGGAAGGUCCUGUACAACAUCGAUUCCGGAACAUCCAUGGCGUGCCCACACGCGAGCGGAGCAGCUGCAUAUGUCAAGUCCUUCCACCGGGACUGGUCCCCUGCGAUGAUCAUGUCUGCCUUGAUAACCACCGCCACUCCGAUGAACACGCCGGGCAACACCGACAGCAACGAGCACAAGUACGGUGCCGGUCAGCUCAACCCGUCCAAGGCGCGCGACCCCGGCCUCGUCUACGAUGCGUCGGAGAGCGAUUACAUCUCCAUGCUGUGCGCGCAGGGGUACAACGCCACAGCACUCGCGCUCAUCACCGGCUCCAACGCCACGGCCUGCGCCGAUUCCUCCACGGCGGCCGGCUCCGUCGUCAGCGACCUCAACUACCCGACCAUGGCGGCCCAAGUGGAGCCGGGGAAGAACUUCACCCUGAGCUUCCCUCGGACCGUCACCAACGUCGGUGACGCAGGCGCCGUGUACAACGCGAAGAUUGUUUUCACUAUCGGGCCCUGGGCGGCUGACAACCUUGGCGUAGCUGUCUGGCCGAGCAGGCUAGAAUUCAGCGAGCAGAACACGAAGGCCUCGUUCACCGUGACGGUCGCCGGCGUGGCGCCAGGCGCGGGCCAUGUCGUCUCGGCGGCCGUCGUGUGGUCUGACGGCGAGCACGAGUUCAGGAGCCCGGUCGUGGUGUACACACCGGACGUUGAGGCAAACCAUGUUUAA